AUGCGAGUACCAUUUCGAAUGGCCUGUCCCCCUAGAACGUCCAACCACUCCAACAUUCCGACACACUCGAUUGAAAUUAAACCAGAUACCCGUUUACCACAACUACAACCAUAUAGGGUCAUCCCAAAGAUGGAACGAGAACUAAAUGAUAUUAUAGAUGAUCUGCUAGAAAAAGGGUUCAUUUCACUCUCGCGGUCAUCAUGCAGUUCUCCAGUAGUCAUGGUCGAGAAAAAAGACGGUACUUAUAGAUUGUGUGUUGAUUACAGGGCAUUGAACAAGGCCACAAUAUCAGACCCAUUCCCACUACCAAGAAUUGAUAGCCCAUUAAGCCGCGUCGGAAAUGCCAAAAUUUUCACUACGCUUGAGCUGCAUAGCUGCUAUCACCAAAUUCCCAUGCACGAACCAGAUAAAUUUAAGACAGCCUUUGUUACACCAAAUGGGAAAUAUGAAUAUAAUGUCAUGCCAUUUGGAUUAGUGAACGCCCCUAGCACCUUUGCUCGUUACAUGGCAGAUCUCUUCCGAGAUCUUAAAUUUGUAGCUGUGUACCUUGACGAUAUUUUAAUCAUUUCAGAAACCGCGGAAGAACAUUGGCAACAUCUGGACAUGGUCCUAGGUCGUCUGGAGCAAGACGGUCUUAUUGCCAAAAAGAAAAAGUGCCACUUUGCCACAACUGAAGUUGAGUUUCUAGGUUAUAAUAUCGGAGUUAACAAAAUCGCUCCUUUGGUUCAUAAGUGCGACGCAAUAGCAAAAUUCCCUGUACCCUCAACUGUCAAAGAGGCACAGCGCUUCUUAGGUAUGAUCAACUACUAUCGCCGAUGCUCACAGAUGUCAAAACCAAUCCAGGAUUUCAUAACACAAAAGGUUGUGUGGUCUUCUCACCAAGACACUGCCUUCAACCGGUUAAAGGAAACUCUGACAUCACCGACAAUUUUAGUUCCCUUCCAGCCUAACGCAUCUUACAAGCUCACCACAGACGCUUCUAAAGAUGGCGUCGGGGCUGUCCUAGAAGAAGUAUCUGGUACAUCUAUUGUAAGUGUUGGAUACUUCUCGAAAUCCCUACCAGGAGCACAAAAGAACUACCCGGCGGGCGAACUUGAAUUACUUGGCAUUACCGAGGCCUUACGACACUUCCGCUACUUAUUACAUGGUACGCACUUUACAUUACGCACAGACCACAUUAGUUUAUUAUCCCUACAGAAUACAAAGGAACCAGCACAGCGUGUACAACGUUGGCUAGACGAACUAUCUGAAUACGAGUUUACACUAGAAUAUUUAGCCAAUCCCAGGAAUGUUGUAGUAGAUGCUAUAUCUAGAGCCGUGUAUACUGCCACUCCUAACACCCUAACUACAAAAAUCGACCCAAGCAAAUGGAUCGAUGACUACCGGUCAGACCCACUCUGUGCCGGUGCCCUGCUUUUCCUGGGCGAAAUCGGCUCUACUGACAUGACGAAAGAGAAUUCAUCUGCCUUUCAUAAAUAUCAAAAGAAGGUUCGCCUCUCACAACAAUUCCGGAAGCACUUUUCUGUUACUGCCGGAAUACUAUACUACGAUACUCGUCUAGCAGUCCCUCUGCUACAUUCCCCGGAUAUUAUAUUUUACUAUCAUAAUCACAAUUUUUAUGGUGGUCAUUUUGGUACUAACCCUACCGUUGCAAAAAUUAUUCCCCUCUACUACUGGCCACACCUAACUCAAAACGUCAAAACCUAUAUUCGGUCUUGCCUACAAUGUCAACUGGCCAAAAGUCACCGACCUAAGACACAAGGACUUUUACAACCAUUACCAAUCCCAGAGGGACGAUGGAUGGAUAUAUCACUGGACUUCGCCUCUGGGUUCUCGCUUUCCUACUCACAAAAUGGCAUAAUUCUCAUCGUUGUAGACCGAUUUUCCAAAAGAGCUCAUUUUAUUCCAACAAAGAAACCCCUAGAUUCCGCAGGAGUAAUCAACCUCCUAUUUAGACACAUCUUUGCUUAUCAUGGGUUCCCACGAACUAUCACUAGCGAUCGAGACAUCCGAAUGACGUCAUUCCUCUACAGGGAACUGACCGACCGACUAGGUAUAAAACUAACUAUGUCAUCCGCCAACCACCCACAAACAGAUGGCCAAUCUGAACGGACCAUCCAAACCUUGAAUCGACUCCUAAGAACUUACACUGCACGAGACCACGGGAACUGGGAUAAAUAUUUGCCGCAAAUCGAAUUCGUUUACAAUAGCACCCCAACCAGAACGUUGGGUAAGUCACCAUUUGAAAUUGACUUAGGAUACCAACCGAACGAGCCCAUUCUGCGGACAGAUAACGAAAUUAACGCCAGAAAUUUCAAUGAUGUCGACAUGACUAAACACCUGAAGGCAAUCAGUAUUCAAACAAAGGAAGUACUAGAACAGGCAUAA